CCAAUGCAUCUUUAAAAUUUAGCUAACGAAGAUGAAAAUCAGCUGCAUUGGAUUCGGUAAAAGUUUUAUUUCAAGUUUUGAGCUACAGUGUUUAAUCUUUUUCCUUCAAAUAUGAAAGACUACUGUUCGACAUUCAUCCUUAUAUUUUAUUGUCGUUUUAAUGAACAACGGAUUUAUUUUAUUUCGUUUCUCUCUCCUUUCCCUCCCCGCGUCUUUCUUCCCCCCUUUCUCUCUUUCUCUCGUUCCAUCGAUCGAGCACAGAAGCCUGUGGCUUCUUCUCCUUUACGCAAAAUCGGAACAAAAUCCAUGGUUUCUCUCCUCAAAUCAGCAGAGUGACUCCUUCAGCACUUGGCGCGACAGUUUUCUCCUUCAGGUGUAGCACUCAAUCUUGCUUUUGGCUCUAGCAAGCACACAGAUUCUGGUAUUGUAUUUUCUGGAUCCAUAACAUCUGAAAACCAACUCAUGUGUGCUUAUAACAUUUAGUAUUGAUUCUUUCUGGUAUGAGAUUGCUAUUCAUGCAAAUAAAUGGUAAACCUGUUUAAGACUUUAAAAAAUAAAAAUGUUAUAGUUGAAAUGUACUUCAAAGAUUGCUAUUUAUGUAGAAUUUCAGAUUUAAGUAGAAUUUCAAUGAGGUGUUCUGUUUUUAUAAGUCAAAAAGUACAAGUGAGGUGGUAUUGUUCUGUUUUUAUUAGUAAAAAAUCUCUAUGAGGUGGUACUGUUUUUGUGUCUUAGUAGCAGAUUUAAGUUCAGAUUUUCAGACUUAAAUUCUCAAAAGUGUUCUGUUUUUUCUUACUGUUUGUGUGUCUUACUAGCAGAUUUUUUCGUGUCAAGUAGAGUCAUAUACUGCUAUAUAUGCUGAUGUUAAAGGCUUGAAAUGUACUGUCUUGUUUAUUGUGCUGCGUUGUAUGUGCUGCAUUGUCUGACAACUUAAUAAUUAUAAUUCUCCUAGGAUGGACAAUCUGUUGGAUGAGGACCCAUUCUUCACCACUCUCUUACAAAGUGGAGGAGAAGGUCCUAUUACCACUCCAACAUUCUCACAGCAUUCUAAUGUUGUGGUCGCUUCAACCCCCCUUCACGGUGAAAAGAGGCCUCCAACAAAAAAAGUUCAAAGAGGAGCUUCUUUCACUGUUGAGGAGGAUAAUGUACUUGUCUCUGGUUGGCUCAACAUUAGUAUUGAUGCCAUUCGGGGAACUGAUCAGAAAUCCACUCAAAUGUGGGAGAGGAUUUCUGAAUUUUAUCACGAAUAUAAAAAACCACAAACUAUGAACCGUUCGGUUGGAUCAUUGAUCAAUCGUUGGUCCAUGAUUCAGAAAUGCACAAAUAAGUUUUAUGCAUAUCUAGCUCAAGUAGAGUCAUUGCACCCGAGUGGUGCAACCGAACAAGAUAAGAUUGAAAAGGCAAAAAUAUUGUACAAAGAGAUGGAACGAGGGAAUUUCACAAUGGACCAUUCUUGGAAUCUUUUGAGACACCAACCCAAAUGGCAUCAACAUUUGAAUACGCUGAAUACGAGGAGAAAGCCACAUGAUAAACGUCCUUCCAAUGAGCAGUCAAGUGAAAUUUUGGGCGAUGUUGUGGAGGAGCAUGUUGAAAGGCCUGCUGGAAAAAAGGCUGAAAAGGAAAACUUGAGGAAGCGAAAGGCUCAAGAAUCAUCUGAUGCUGAGUUCAACACGGCAUUAGGAGCAAUGACCGAGGAUAGACGAUUGUUCAUGGCGGAGAGAAGAGAAUGGCAGACGAAGGUUGAUCGUGAUAGAGGUGCACAACUGGAUCUUGAUAAAAGAAAGUUUGAUGCUGAGAUGAUGGGCAAGGAUCUUUCUGAUAUGAAUGCCAUGCAGCAAGCCUACUUCCGUAAAGUUCAGAAAAAAAUUUGGGAAGAAUCAAUGAGUGAUUCAGAUGGUAUAUCCGAAUGACCUAUGCAUUUCCAGCUUCUAGUGGCUGCUUAGCCACAAGACUUCAUAAUGAAGCAUGUGGCUGGGCAGCCACUAUGAAUGGAUGACUUUCUAUUUUUUUGAAUGGAAAUACAAAUGGAAUUUCUGAAUGUUAGUUUAGUUUUUGGACUUGGUUUGGAAGCUGGUUUUUAUGAAUCAACUUGUAUUUGCUGGAUCUGUUUGUGGAAAUACUUUGGAAAUAUUUUGAGGUUGUAUUCUUAAACUUGUCUGGGAAUACUUUGGAAAUACUUGGGAUAUUUUGGAAGUGAAUUGUGGUUAGAAGCUAUUUGUAUUGAGAAACUGUGUAUUUGGAUCUGUUUAUGGAUGAGAAAUUGUGGUUAGAAGCAGAUUUUAUUUA